CUCUGGCGGUCCCGGCCCCGCGGUCUGGCGCCGGCGCUGGCUUCCUUGGCCGGCGGACUCCCGGCCCGGCUGCGGGCAUGGCGGCCAGCCUAUGGAUGGGCGACCUGGAGCCCUACAUGGAUGAGAAUUUCAUCUCCAGAGCCUUUGCCACCAUGGGGGAGACCGUGAUGAGCGUCAAAAUUAUCCGAAACCGCCUCACUGGAAUCCCAGCUGGCUACUGUUUUGUAGAAUUUGCAGAUUUGGCCACAGCCGAGAAGUGUUUGCAUAAAAUUAAUGGGAAACCCCUGCCAGGAGCCACACCUGCAAAACGUUUUAAACUGAACUAUGCCACUUAUGGGAAACAACCAGAUAACAGCCCUGAAUACUCCCUCUUUGUGGGGGACCUCACCCCAGAUGUGGAUGAUGGCAUGCUGUAUGAAUUCUUCGUCAAAGUCUACCCGUCCUGUCGGGGAGGCAAGGUGGUUUUGGACCAGACGGGCGUGUCAAAGGGCUAUGGUUUUGUGAAAUUCACAGAUGAGCUGGAACAGAAGCGAGCUCUGACCGAGUGCCAGGGAGCAGUCGGCCUGGGGUCUAAACCAGUGCGGCUGAGUGUGGCAAUCCCCAAAGCGAGCCGAGUGAAGCCAGUGGAGUAUAGUCAGAUGUACAGUUACAGCUACAACCAGUAUUACCAGCAGUACCAGACCUACUAUGCCCAGUGGGGCUAUGACCAGAACACGGGCAGCUACAGCUACAGCUACCCCCAGUACGGCUACACGCAGAGCGCCAUGCAGACAUAUGAAGAAGUUGGGGAUGAUGCAUUGGAAGAUCCCAUGCCGCAGUUGGAUGUGACGGAGGCCAACAAGGAGUUCAUGGAGCAGAGUGAGGAGCUGUAUGAUGCCUUGAUGGACUGUCACUGGCAGCCCCUGGACACAGUAUCUUCAGAGAUCCCCGCCAUGAUGUAGUCGGGACAGAGGACCAGCCAAAAAGGACUGUGUGAUGGAGAUGAGACUUUUUUUUAACAAAGUAUUAGAACUUUUACCUUUUUGGAAAUGUUAAGAUUUUAGUGAUCAACUCUUCUGAGAUUAUGACCAUUCCUGCAACAUUGCUGCCUUCCUUUGCCCGUCAGCCUUCGGAGUUUGAAAACCACAGUGCCAUUGAGCAAGGUUCUACUUGUCCUUGAAAAGUAAAUUUUUCCAGGUAGGGAUGUUAUCCACUUUUAGAGAUAAGGAGAGUUUGGGGUUAUUAACCAAAGUGGAUCAUAGGAUUUAAUUCAACCCAGAGGGCCAUCUCAGGUGACAGACACUGCAUCCUUAAGGUUCUCUGGGGUCAGAGUGCAUGGGUUACCUGCUGUAUGCCACUGGGGGCGGGGGGGGCAGUGUUAAUCAUCCAUUCAAGUAUCCUUUCACCCCAACAAGUUUGCUUUUAAGUGUUGUGGCUAUGUGUGGUAGGCUGUAAUGGAACCAGCUAAAUCUAGACCAAAGGGCUCAAGAUGGGGGCAUGCUCCAAGGGCAAGCCUAGCUUCAAUAAGCCCCUAUUGAGGGACACUAUUUUGACAUCUGUGUGCCUGGCCCACCGGUUUCUUGACAUUAUUUUCAUUUGAUAGGUAUGAAUCCACUUACCAUGAUCUCCAGCACCCAUGUGGAAAGUCUGGAUUUAUACUAAAAAUCUGCAGCUUA